GUCAUAAUGCCGCUAAGGCACUCGGCAGAUCAUAAUUACUUACGUACACGCCGGAGAAUAUACUUACGCGAGGACAAAUCUCAGAAUACCUACAUACUUCACGAAGUAAUCCAAGAUAACAAGACUUUAAGAACACAACAUUUUUGUAUACCUAGUUAUCAUUGAAGAUAAGAAAAGUACAGAUGUGUGUACAUACACAUUAUCUACAUACUUUUUUGUUUCAUGCAUUUCGUACGUGGCUAGGUAUUUAGUACACCUAAGUAAGUUUCUGCUAUCGGUGCUUAAAUUACAGAUCAAAUUUCGUAAUCGUUUGUAGUAAACUGAGCGAAUUAUUUUAGUUGGUGGUGUGGUCGCGAACACUUCAAUUCAGAUGGGUACUCAACUGAAAUGGGGCAUAGCCGGGGUCGGCAUGAUAGCCCACGACUUCCUGACGGCCAUGGGCACGCUGCCCGCAGGACAGCACAAGGUCGUGGCCAUCGCCGGCAAAGACAUCGAGCGAGUGCACCGAUUGGCCACGCUCCACAAAAUCAGCACGGCAUACGAAGGCUACGAAGCGCUUGCACGUGACGAUUCAAUAGACAUAGUAUUCGUGAGUGUUUUAAACUUGCAACACUAUGAAGUCACUAAGCUAAUGUUAGAACAUGGCAAAAACGUAUUGUGCGAGAAACCAAUGGGCAUGACAUACAAUCAAAUCAAGUCCCUGGUAGAUUUGGCGCGCGAAAAAAAACUGUUCCUCCUUGAGGGGAUGUGGUCGCGGUUCUUUCCUGCUUACGACGCUUUGGACAAACACAUAUCCGCUGGCGGGCUCGGGGACAUCUAUCACAUCAGCGUACAGUUCGGGGUUGAGAUUAACGAGAUUGAGAGGAAUCUGAUGAAGGAUCUAGGUGGAGGAGCAGUGUUAGAUCUGGGGAUAUACAUGUUGCAACUGGUUCAGUUUGUGUACAAGGAGCCUCCGGCAGACAUAGUGUGCACGGGGCACCUUAGCAAGGCAGGAGUGGACGAGUCCAUAUCUUGCGCGCUGAAGUACAAGGACGGCCGCACCGCAACCAUCGCAGCUCACACACGUGCCACGAUGACGAACAGGGCAGAAAUCAUCGGGACCAAAGGCACAGUAGCUCUGGAAUAUUUCUGGUGUCCCACGGCACUGCACUUAUCGGCAGCCAACAGCACGGAGUGGACGCUCCCUAAGGGCCUGUACAAAUUCCACUUCCACAACAGUGCUGGCCUGAGCUACCAAAUACAAGAGUGCUGGGACUGCAUCAAUAAAGGUUUACUAGAAAGCCCUAAGAUGAGCCUGGAAGAGUCGGUCCUGAUGGCCAAGCUGACGGACACGAUGCGAGCACAGCUAGGCGUCCUCGAGGAUUGACUUCAUUAGUUAACUCAAUUCAUAGCUUUAAUACACCGUGCAAACUUACUUUAAGUACUUAAUUCCUAUCAACUAGCUUUAUCGUAAGCUAAGAAUCGCUUUAAACUUAUCGUAACACCAAGUGCCAGUAAAACCACGAACAAAUUUGUGAUAUUGUUGCCUUUAUUCUAGUACACACGUUUCGCGGUAUAC